CCUGUACUGUCUGCAGUCUCUGGUCAUCCCCUUGUACUGUCUGCAGUCACUUGGUCAUCCCCUGUACUGUCUGCAGUCUCUUGUCAUCCCUUGUACUGUCUGCAGUCUCUUGUCAUCUCCUGUACUGUCUGCAGUCUCUUCUCAUCCCCUGUACUGUCUGCAGUCUCUUGGUCAUCCCUUGUACUGUCUGCAGUCUCUUGUCAUCUCCUGUACUGUCUGCAGUCUCUUGUCAUUCCCUGUACUGUCUGCAGUCUCUUGUCAUCCCUUGUACUGUCUGCAGUCUCUUGGUCAUCCCCUGUACUGUCUGCAGUCUCUUGUCAUCUCCUGUACUGUCUGCAGUCUCUGGUCAUCCCCUGUACUGUCUGCAGUCUCUGGUCAUCCCUUGUACUGUCUGCAGUCUUUGGCCAUCUCCUGUACUGUCUGCAGUCUCUUGUCAUCCCC